AUACCCAGCUUCAGUCACGCACCCCUACCACCUCAUACAGACUGUGCAGUCCAGCAGUAGCUGUAAGACACGUGUCCUACCUUCGUCCGGCCGCGCUGGGGAUUUGAAUUCGCAACGCGUUCUCUGAUUGGGUCGAGCCGGAUGCAGCUCUCUGAUUGGGAGGCCGGCUGGCCAGUCACAACGAAGGUGCACUAGACCACGCCCCUACCCCUGCACGUGGAGUCCCUCCCUGGCCUGCCUUAUAAGCAGCCGAGAUAGGGCGUAAGGCACAUGCGGUACGUUUCUAGAGAGAAUUUUUCGCCUGAUCUCGGGCGAAAGAUGAGGUUCCCGCAGGGCGGGAGGACUCAGCUCUACUCUUGUCGCUAGAGCGCUCUGACGCUUGGGCUUGAAACCAGACACGACAUUAUUGCAACCUUCUCUCCAGAUCUGACCUGCUGCCUCUAGGAGACCUGCUGCCUAACGAGGGGUUGGGAGUGAUUCUGCGGGUGUGAAUGUCUGCACUCUUCCUUCUGUGCCCGGGGCUGUCAGCUCCUAAGGCAGGGACCCCUCCUCUCUAAGAUGGCCUGCUCCACAGCAUGGCCCAGCCUGGCACAUGGGACCGCUUCUACACGCAACAGGACACAGCUGGCACCCCCAGCCAUUUCAACUGGUUCUUCGACUACACGGCCAUCUCUGGGCUCCUGCUCCCGGCCCUGCAGGGGUGCAACCCCCCUGAACCCAAUCCCAGCCCCAUUCGGGUGCUCGAAGUCGGCUGUGGCACUUCAGAUCUGAGCCUGGGGCUAUACCGGGAGUCCCCACACCCUGUCCACAUCUCCUGUGUGGAUGUGUCCCCUGUGGCCAUCAGGUCUCUUCGCCGGCUGGUCGAGGAGGUCCCCCCACCCCGACACCCCCUCUCCCAGCUUCACCUCCAUGUAGCUGAUGCCACUGACCUUGAAGGGGGUGACUUUGGGGAUGGUUCUUUCCACCUGGUGCUGGACAAAGGCACAUGUGAUUCACUGCUGCGCUGCGCCCAGGGGCCAGGCCAGGCCAGGCAGCUGGUGGCCGAGUGCCUCCGGGUGCUGUGCCCUGGGGGCAGCUUGCUGCAGUUUUCAGACGAGGACCCGGAUGCCAGGGUCCCUUUCCUGGAGCAGGCUGGGGGGCCUGGCGUGACAGUGCAGGAAGUCGGGCACAUUGGUGGCAUGUGCUACUAUGUCUACACGCUCUGCCGGCCGGCCCUGGAGACACCAACCACUGGGGCACUGAACUAGAAGGACACAGGAGACCCUGGCCUAUGGGGCCCUGGAUAUGGGGAUGGGGAAUCAGGGACCCCACCCAAAGGGAGUUCAGGACUCAGGGUGGGGGUUAUUAGGGACUAAGGGGAUGGUGCCUCCAGUCAGUGUGUCAGGGGACUUCCACAGCAGCAUGUGCUCAGGGUGAGGGUGCCCAAGCCAGCUGGAGAAUCAUUAAUAAAGGAAUUAGCACCUUGCUGGAGUCUGGCUCAGUACUCAAUCCCCCUACAUCUAGGGGUGGUCACCCCCAGUGUGGGCAACUCCCCCCUUGAACAGCAGCCCCCUCCUACUGCAUCAGCUGGGGGCUCCACACCCCAGAUGCAGGUGCCCAGGUAUCACUGCCUCCCUCCCCUCCCCAAA